GCAUUCGUUUUUUGGACAGUUUGAACUUUGGAAUCGAUCCAGAAGGUGCUGGAAUUUAAGCUAAAAGAUCUAUUUUUUAAGUAACUUUAUCCAAUUUUAAAGUUAAAACAUGCGUGAAUGUAUAUCUAUACACGGCGGGCAGGCCGGCGUACAAAUCGGUAACGCCUGCUGGGAGUUGUACUGUUUGGAACAUGGAAUCCAACCGGACGGACAGAUGCCCUCGGACAAGACCGUGGGCGGCGGCGACGACUCCUUCAACACAUUCUUCAGUGAGACGGGCGCUGGGAAGCACGUGCCGCGCGCCGUGUUCAUCGACCUGGAGCCCACCGUAGUGGACGAGGUGCGCACGGGAACGUACCGCCAGCUGUUCCACCCCGAGCAGCUCAUCACGGGCAAGGAGGAUGCCGCCAACAACUACGCGCGCGGCCACUACACCAUCGGCAAGGAAAUCGUGGACUUGGUGCUGGACCGCGUGCGCAAGCUGGCCGACCAGUGCACCGGCCUGCAGGGCUUCCUUAUCUUCCACUCGUUCGGCGGCGGCACCGGCUCCGGCUUCGCGUCGCUGCUCAUGGAGCGUCUCUCAGUCGACUACGGAAAGAAAUCUAAGCUCGAAUUUGCCAUUUACCCCGCGCCGCAGAUCUCUACGGCUGUCGUCGAGCCGUACAACUCUAUUCUCACCACACACACGACCCUGGAGCACUCGGACGCUGCCUUCAUGGUCGACAACGAAGCUAUUUAUGAUAUUUGCAGAAGGAAUUUAGAUAUUGAAAGGCCAACGUACACAAAUCUGAAUCGACUGAUCGGUCAAAUCGUAUCAUCAAUCACAGCGUCCCUGAGAUUCGACGGGGCUUUAAACGUAGACUUGACCGAGUUCCAGACUAAUUUAGUGCCAUACCCUCGCAUCCACUUUCCAUUAGUGACAUACGCGCCAGUGAUCUCCGCCGAGAAGGCGUACCACGAGCAGCUGUCAGUGGCGGAGAUCACAAACGCGUGCUUUGAGCCGGCGAACCAGAUGGUGAAGUGCGAUCCCCGACACGGCAAGUACAUGGCGUGUUGCAUGCUGUACCGCGGCGACGUGGUGCCGAAGGACGUGAACGCGGCCAUCGGCACGAUAAAGACGAAGAGGACGAUCCAGUUCGUGGACUGGUGCCCGACGGGGUUCAAGGUGGGCAUCAACUACCAGCCGCCGACGGUGGUGCCGGGCGGGGACCUGGCCAAGGUGCAGCGCGCGGUGUGCAUGCUGUCGAACACGACGGCCAUCGCGGAGGCGUGGUCGCGGCUCAACCACAAGUUCGACCUGAUGUACGCGAAGCGCGCCUUCGUGCACUGGUACGUCGGCGAGGGCAUGGAGGAGGGGGAGUUCUCCGAGGCGCGCGAGGACCUCGCCGCGCUCGAGAAGGACUACGAGGAGGUCGGCAUGGACUCCGGCGAGGGAGAGGGCGAGGGCGGCGAGGAGUAUUAACUCAAUUUUUAUCAAUUUAUUUUUAGGGCGUUUUCAGUUUUCUUAGGACUAAAAAAAUAAUUACAUAACGUUUGGAAUUUUUUCAAGAAAAAUAUACAAGUGUACCGUUUGUUCAGUUUUAUUGACACUUAUCACGUAUUGCAUUAACGACCUCAUAUAGCGAGUUAAUCAUAUAACAUCUGUUGUUUUUUUUUAAUAUUACUGAUCAUUAUAAACUACACAAGUCACAUAUCAAUCAAAUACAACUAUUAUAUAUUUUUUUACAUUUACAUAUAAUAAUACUAUAACCUUCGCGCCUUUUUUCUUAUCCCCUCAAACGGGUUGUCAGGGUGACAGAUUAUGCCAAAUGAAAUGAAAUAAAACCUGUCGAGUGCGA